AUGAUACUUGUGCAUCAGAUUAUCAAAAUACUAGGGGGAAGCACACAAAGACGUCUUACAUUAUGGAUCAGCCAGAAUCAGGAAUUCUGUACACAAAAAACAAAAGCCAUCCAGGACCCAAAAGGGCUAGACCUUCUUGGACGGGAAUUUCAGGCCAUCCAGGACCCGAAAGGGCUAGACCUUCUUGGACGGGAAUUUGAUACGGGGUUUUCAGUACUUCUGGUUCCUCAUAUACGCUUCGCUAAACAAACAACUUUUGAGGCCCAUACAUUCUUAAAAUUAUUUAUGGCCGGAAGGGGUGGAGCUCGCAAACGUUUAGCGAACCCUGAUAAGCUCAGUGAUGAUGAAUAUUUGUUGAAGCGGCAGAGGAAUAACGAUGCCGUUAACAGGCCGGUCUUAAGCUUAGUAAAGAGGACUUUCGAGAAAGAGUAG